CAACAAAUAUUCAAAUGUUUAAACACUCCUCGCAUACCACGCUGGAAGCACCAGUGCACCAGCAGAUGAUAAAAGCUCGAUAAAGACAUUCGAAGGUGAUUAGAAAUAAGCGUAAGGAGAUAAGUACAUGUAACUUGUGCGAGUGGUUGUGUCAAUCGAGGAUAUGAGAGGAGGGAUUGCGUUGUGUUUUGCGGUAUUGUGUGCAGCUUUAGCGGAGGGGAAAGUGUACACGAAGUGCGGGUUGACGCAGGAGCUUUUGAAGAAGGGGUUCAGCAGGUCGCUCGUUGGAAAUUGGGUUUGUCUGAUCGAGAGUGAGAGUGGCAAGGACACAUCAAAACAAGUAACUAAGGCAAAUGGCAGCAAGAGUCUAGGUCUGUUCCAGAUAAACAGUAAAGAAUGGUGUCAAUUUGGAACCCCUGGAGGCAAAUGCCGCAUGAAAUGUGAAGGUCACAAAAUGUCACUUUUUAGGAAAUUACUUUUAUUUCCGGAUAUUGUAUAAAGACAUAAGCAAAGAUUUGGUGAAUGAAGACAUAACUGAUGACUCGGCAUGUGCCAGAAAAGUAGAAAGAGAUCUGGGAUUCAGAAACUGGGAGGGAUGGGUUAGAAGCUGCUAUCUCCGGACUCUACCACUCCCAAACUGCUGACAUUUGCUUACCAAGAGAUUUCGAUCAUUGAAUUAUGCUGCAGCUGAACUUGAAAUUAUUUUAUUGUUCAUACUAUUGUACCAGGAAGUUGCAUUGACUCUCAUAAUGGCUGUUAUUUAGAUUAGUUUUAUGUUUUAUACUAUCAAAUUUUUUUCAUAAAUGACAUAUAUACGAUUUAUACUAUUUUUUGCUUAAUUUAUGGAGAUAGAUCAUCAAUUUUGAGUCGAUUCAACAAGGACUUGCUUUUGAUUGAAACAAAGUCAUCCAUAUUAACAUACUAGUUUUGUCCAUCCGACCACAGACAAUCAACCAUGGACAGACGUUCUGUGCUUUUUGGCAACUCAUCAGCAACGUCUAGGCUUGUACUCAGGUCAGGACAACCAACGAAAGCUUAGCAACUAACCUCUAUCUGAGGUAUAAAACCUAUCGAGACAAUACAGUAUAAGAGGCCGUUCAACUAUUACGUGAGCACUAUGGGGGGGCUUUGCUUUGCUUAUUUUGGAUGACAUGGGGGGUAGGGGAGUCUAGAUGAUGAUUACGUCAUCGGUAGUUAUUUACUUUUUUUACACGAAUGGCAACCCCCACAUUGUCUUUGCUUGAAAACGAAACGCAUUUUCGGGGAUUACCGCAAAUAAUGCAUACGUUUAGUGAACAGCGCGCGGUAAUUCCCCUACUCGCUUUAGAACCGAGUAGGGGAAUUGCCGCGCGGUGUUCACUUGUCUAAAUUUCCUCUAUCAGUGUAUUGUUUCGUUUGGAUACUAUAGCGAGUAGACGUAUUGUAAGCAUAGUAAAGCAAGUUAACAUUUGUGUUACCAUUGAUUCCAUUAGCCAAAGUUUAAUGUUUAAAUGUCGUUUCAUAUAGACAAAUCCAAGUUAUAACAAAAAUUGUUUGAAAGUUUUAAAAAAUCUCAUACAAGUACGAAAGUACAAAAUGUACAAAAGUUAGUUAACGAAGUGUGGCGAAAUUAAAAAUUACAAGCAAAAAAAAAUAGUAAAGAUCUCACAGAAGUUUGAUAUAGCAAGUCCACAACAGUUGGCUGACGAUCGCACAAAAGGAACCGUAUCUCCGUCAUCCUUUUUCUCCGUCGUUCAAAGUAUGAGUUUAACGAGAAAACGAAGAAUGCCUACAUAACGAGUAUUAUGUAGAUUGCGUCUGCAAAUAUGGGAUUAGCAUCGGAACAAGGGGCCGCCAUUGGUAGGAGCGGUUAAAGGAAACAAGAUCUUUUAGACCGAUACCGAUCGUCGUACAGAUAUACCGCGAACAUUCGCUCUAGAAAAUGAGAACGAGGGAAAAUUUGGAAUAAUGAGGUUAGGAUAUGGGGAAUGGAAAUUGGAUAAUGAAAGUAGAGUUGAAUCAACCCGUUAAAAUGGAGAGAAAUUGCGAAAAUUGCGUUGAUGUACAGAUGCUGUUUCAAUGAAAACUAGGUUAUGUUUGCCGUGAAGAUGUAAGAAAAUACGUGUAACCACGUUAAAUAUACUAAGUGACAUAUAAACACAUACAAAAUUUUAUUUUGAGUAGUUUUAAUUUAAAUUCAAUUAAUAAAUGUAUAAAUUAACA